AUGGAAAUAGCGUACAAGCCAUUAGACAUAUGCAAUGAAGAGCAAUUUGCUAGUAUCAAAAGAUUAAUAGAUGCGGAUUUAUCAGAACCCUAUUCAGUAUACGUAUAUAGAUAUUUCUUAAACCAAUGGCCUGAAUUAACAUACAUUGCAGUGGACAGCAACAGUAAAACCCCCAAAGUACCUAUUGGGUGCAUUGUGUGCAAGAUGGACCCGCACAGAAACGUCAGACAGAGAGGAUAUAUAGGGAUGCUUGCAGUGGAAUCUACGUACCGCGGACAUGGCAUAGCCAAAAAACUGGUGGAGAUUGCCAUCAGCAAGAUGCAAAGCGCACAUUGUGACGAGAUCAUGCUAGAAACAGAGGUUGAAAACGUGGCAGCUCUAAACUUGUACGAAGGAAUGGGGUUCGUCAGGAUGAAACGGAUGUUUCGUUACUAUUUAAACGAAGGGGACGCUUUUAAACUAAUCUUGCCAUUAACUGAGAGGAGCUGUACUCGAUCUACAUUUCUAAUGCAUGGCCAGAUGGCCUAA